AUGAAUGGAAGGGGAGAGGCGCAGGGAGACACAGCACCGCCGGAGCGGUACAGGGAGGUGCAGCAGAGAGGGGCGCAGCACCGCCGGAGCCGGCAAGCUGGAGAUGUGUGCUGGCAACCCAGAGAUCUGAAUCUCCGGGACGGCGAAGUGAAGAGUGGCGUGGAGGCAGGAAGGCCACAGAGAGCAGAUGACCAGAAGCCCUAUGUUCUGAGACACAGGCCUGACUUCACGAAGAAGGAGAGCUUACCGGAGCAGGGGCUCCAGUUAACAGCCAGGUCCUUGCCUGCUGUGCAGUCUGAUGAAAGACUUCAGCCUCUGCUCAACCACCUCAGUCAUUCCUACACUGGCCAAGAUUACAGUACACAGGGAAAUGUUGGGAAGAUUUCUUUAGAUCAGAUUGAUUCACUUUCUACCAAAUCCUUCCCACCCUGCAUGCGUCAGUUACAUAAAGCUUUGAGGGAAAAUCACCAUCUUCGUCACGGAGGCCGAAUGCAGUAUGGCCUCUUCCUCAAAGGCAUUGGUUUAACAUUGGAACAGGCACUGCAGUUCUGGAAGCAAGAAUUUAUCAGGGGGAAGAUGGAUCCAGACAAG